GGCGGGGCGUCCCGCUCCUGUCGCAGCUGGUGGUGCGCUGAGGACGCGCCGGAGGCAUGUUCCGGCUGCUGCGCUGGCGUCUGGGCCGGACGCUGCUGCGGGCCGCGGGCCGGCGGUGCGGAGGAUGCGCCGCGCGUCUGCUGCCGGAGCGGGCGGGCGACACGGGGCCGGGCGCCGAGGGGCGGCCGAGCCGAGGCACGCCGGCGCGGGGACAGGGACUGCUGCCGCUGUUGGCAGCGCUCGCCUGGUUCUCGCGGCCCGCAGCGGCGGCGGAGCAGUCGGAAGAGGACGAGACAGACGAGGUGGAGGCCGAGAUCAUCCAGCUGCUGAAACGAGCCAAGUUGAGCAUCAUGAAAGAUGAGCCAGAAGCGGCGGAACUAAUUUUGCAUGAUGCUCUUCGCCUUGCGUAUCAGAGUGAUAACAAGAAAGCCAUCUCUUACACUUACGAUUUGAUGGCCAACUUGGCAUUUAUACGCGGGCAACUUGAAAAUGCAGAACAACUUUUUAAAGCGACAAUGAGUUACCUGCUUGGAGGAGGUAUGAAGCAGGAAGACAAUGCAAUAAUUGAGAUCUCUCUGAAACUGGCCAGUAUCUAUGCCGCUCAGAAUAAACAGGAAUUCGCCCUUGCUGGCUAUGAAUUCUGCAUUUCAACUCUAGAGGAAAAAAUUGAAAGAGAAAAGGAAUUAGCAGAAGAUACUAUGUCAGUGGAAGAGAAAGCCAAUACCUACCUUCUCCUCGGCAUGUGCUUGGACUCUUGUGCACGCUAUCUGCUAUUCUCCAGGCAGCUGUCACAGGCACAAAGAAUGUAUGAAAAAGCCCUGCAGAUUUGUCAAGAAAUACAAGGAGAAAGACACCCCCAGACCAUUGUGCUGAUGAGUGACUUGGCUACUACUCUGGAUGCACAGGGCCACUUUGAGGAUGCCUACAUUUAUAUGCAGAAGGCAUCAGAUCUGGCAAGAGAGAUCAAUCACCCUGAGCUGCACAUGGUGCUCAGCAAUCUGGCUGCCAUCUUGAUACACAGAGAACGAUACACACAAGCAAAAGAGAUCUUCCAGGAAGCACUGAAGCAAGCAGAGAUGAAAAGAGAUGAGGUUUCUGUACAGCACAUCAGGGAAGAAUUGGCUGAGCUGUCAAGAAAAAGUAGACUUUUGACCUAAUUUUGUUAAGCUAUGUAAGUUCGUUUUGUUGUAGAGAAGGUGAUCUCUGGUAGCCCAAAGGAGUGAUGUUCUUCCAUGUCUGGAUCUCAAGCGGUGGUGUGAAUCAUUGUUGGAAUUCAGCUUUCUUCAACUCAACCUCGCUGAAGGACAAGUAUACACUGCCACUUUUAUUUCUAAAUUUAGUUUACUUUGAGAUGGGCCUCCAACUUGGAGUCCUCCUGCCUCAGUCCCCCAAGUGCCGGGACUGUGCCUGGCCCUACUUGUGUGUGUAAAGUUGCAGCAGCUUCUAUCCUGUACUGACAGUAACUUACGAGAGCUUGGUGUGAAGUGCCGCUUCCCAGUGCAGCGUGGGAGAGGCCAUCCAUCUGGUCUGUGAAAACUGUAGACUCUUAGGUGGCCACAUUCUCCACGGUGUGGUCAUUAUACUUUGCCUAAGAUUUUGGUUCCUGCUUUCUCUUCUCUAUCCAUUUCUGGCAACCAAGUUACUUGUCUGAUGGCACAGGAAGAUUUUGGUGAGUUCUUUUAUAGUCUUUUAAUGAAGCAUUGCAAAAUUUAGUCAAUAUGGGGGAGAUAAUAAUUCUAGUUGGCCUCCAGUAAGCAGCAUUCACUUCUGAAGUGGAAAUUAGGCACUUUGUCACCCGUCUGGGCAGUGGGCUUCCUUUACAGCCAGUCCCACGGUAUGUCGAGCUGAACCCGUAACAAUACUGACAGCACGGAUGGAUGCCGUUGGCAGUGUAGAACCACUGGCCUGGAUCCUACUUAGCAGCACUGGCUAUUUUGCAAUCUCUGUAUUCACGCCUGUUAAGUGGGAAACCAAUUAGAUUCUUGGUCUGAUGACUUGAAUCUACUAUCAGGCAUUAAAAAACUUAGUCACUGCCUCAGAGUACACAAUACACAAUUGGAUGCCUUUACCUCUCCAGCCUGGCAGAUGUCCAUUGCCUGAGAGAGAAAAGAUGAUAGGUUUUCUGGGUGCCCUGAAGGAACAGGUGGUGUUGGCAUCCCGGUGGAGGUCGGUGACGUGAGCAGGACGGGCCAAUGGGAUUUUGGUUCCUAUGUUUGUACUGGGAGAAUCUGCAUAAUAAACUAGAGGCUAUACAAUA